UCAUGAGCUUACUGAUAGUGAUAUCAAAAUUGUUUCAUCUCGAGUAAUCAUGCGUGUAUUUCGAUUCUAUUUCCAUUAUUUCAUUUUUCUGCUUGCUAGUUCUGUGCAGGUGUUCUAGAUCACAUUGAUCUAUUGCACUAUUUUUCGGCGGAUUUUUUAAUCUCAAUAAUCAAACGGGAACUAAUCAUGAGACUCCGGUCAAUUAGCAAUUAUUGGUGGCUUUUCAUGAAACUCAGCCUGGCUAUUGGAUUGACCAGCUGUGUUUCGAGCUCGAAUCAGAAAUCUGUCGCAGGUAAAGGAAUGAUCUCACCACCGUGCAUGCUUCCAGCAGAUCCAGAGGCAGAAGCAGAUAUAGUUUUAGAGAUUGGAACGCCUCUAGAGAUUCUUUGUACAUUGGAGUUGAAAGACACCAAUUCCUGGAAUCAUACAUCUAAAGAUUUAAGAUUUAAAGAAGGAGAUCGUAUGAUUGACAACGAACACGUGACAUUCGUAAAUUCGACAACAGCCAGAUUAUACGUGGAAAAUUCACGUAUUACUGUCAAAAAGAAGAUUUUCUAUUGCAUGCUGAGCUGGAGCGACAGCAGCAGGGGUGGUAAUCUGACAUUUGAAGCAACCGACAGCAGCUUAAAAACAUCAUCCAUCAAUGAGACUGAAACUCGAAUGGAACAGCUGAUCUGUUCAAAUUCUGUACUGAUCGGUAGUAAACCAAAAAAAGCAGUAAAUUUUAAAUGUCUCGGUUACAAUUGGGAAACGUUGGAUUGUUGGUGGCACGAGCCUAGUAACGGAAUCAAGACAGAUUAUUCGAUACAUUAUUCCGUUCCCAAAGAAGCUGGUAGUGAUAACGGUCAAGUGUAUGCUUGUCCAACUGAUCAGAGUGAACCUGGUCACUGUCAGUGGAGUAAGAACACGUCUCCUCCUUAUAGAGAAAAUUUCGAGUUCGUGGAUUUCUACAUUAAUGGCAAUAAUAAAUUUGGAAAAAUAACCCAAAUGUCAAAAUGGCAUCAUUACGAUCACGUUGUUCUUGCGCAACCGAGUAAUUUGACAUCUUUCAAUGCAACACCUCAUAGCGUUUAUCUGCAAUGGCACACUGGUUCUUCGAAUGUGUCCAACAUACGAGUAGAUUUGCUUUAUCGAGUUGAAUAUAAACAGUCUUCUUCGAAGCUUUGGAAUGUAAUCUACUUUCACUCAAAAGACGUAGAGAAAGAAGAUGCUCUCGUAAGAGUCAACUUAACCGGCAUAAAGUACCCGAAUAUGAAGUAUGAGUUCUUUGUAUACGUGAAAUUAUCAUUAUCCAAAAUAAAUCCUUGGUCUAAAGCAGCUUCUUUGCUGGUGAAAACUAGCCCGUGCGCACCCUACCAGUCACCAAAAACUGACACCGGUGGAUUUGAAAUUUAUGCUGAACGUUCAAAUUAUCGAAACAUGAUGAUUUAUUGGAAGCAAAUUCCCGCAGAAGAAUACAAUGGUGAUAAUUUCGAGUACCAAAUAACUGUGUUUGAAAACGAUAUCAAAGUCGAUAUUAAACCUAUUUCGAUGAAUAAUUUUUCGGCCAAAUUCUCCAACCUCUCGUUCAACGCUUAUAAAUUUUAUAUUAAAUCAGUAAACGAGAUUGGCUCAGCUCCUCGAUCUUCCAUCGUGCAUGUACCCUCAAAAAAUGAUAUCUUGCAUACACCGUACGUGUAUAAUUUAAUACGUUUUGGAGACAAUGUUUAUGAAAUUACAGUGUUAUCAGAUUUACAAAACUUAGAUGAAUCCGAGCAUUACCAGGUAAAAGCCACCAAUUUUACAUUAUUCUGGUGCAAAAGUUCCCACGGUGACCCAUAUCCCUGUACUAACUUCUUCACAUGGAUCCAUCUACCAGUUGAUAUAUUGUGGAGCAAUUACGCUUUCAAGUAUAACUUGACCACCGAGCAGAACAUUGGUUAUCAAUUCGCUGUCAGUACGAAUUCACUGAAUUCUAGCAGCGGCAUAGAAUGGAUUCUAUGCACUGGUAUUUAUAAGCAGGUAAAUAAAAUUCAAAAUGUUUGGAUUGGAAAGGUUGGCUCGAAUUUUGUAGACGUACGAUGGAAGUUAGAAUGCGCUAAUCACGUUGAAGGUUUCCAAGGCUACAACAUAUCAUAUUAUUCGAUCAGUGAGAAUCACCAGCAAGACAAUGUCAAUCCUGCAGGAGAUUAUUUGGAAUAUUAUGCGGGUACGAGCAAACCGAAUACUGAAAUUUUCAAUUUACUGCCAAAUACCACUUACAAAAUUUCGGUGGCUAUUUUCACAGCUGAAUUAUUAGGGCCUCCGAGCGAAUGGGUGUACGCACGUACACGAAACCUACCAUAGGGCAUAUGGGGUAGGUGAUUAUUUCGAAAUUACAAGUUCGAACGGCGUCCAGGAGCCACGACCUUUCGUUAGGUACAGUUGAAUUGGUUGCCUAUCGAUUUUUUUGCAGAAUAAUUUUUACCGGAAAUUGAUUUAUUUCGGGUAUUCUUCCUAUGCUAGUUUCUUCAGUUCAUCUUGAUAUAUGUAUUACAUUGUCAUUCUAUAAGAUUACACAUUUACACAACCACGGCGAAUUUUCAAUUCAACCCAACGAAACGGAUUCAGUAUACUCGACGCGCAGGAGAACCAGCUUUUCCAAUUUCUGAAUUUUGCAUUUGCAUGAGAAAACGAAAGGAAAAUCUUCAACUUUCCCCCCGGAAAAUGAACAAUACCUGAGUAACGUAGGUAUUACCAAAGAUUCUCUUCUCCCCUGUAGAAGAAAUAAAACACCACAAAACACAUUUUAUUAUUGACUACAUACUUCUGUCCUGUAAGAAGAUGACUAGAAGUACUCGAUCAUAGGUAACUUACAAUACAUACAUACAUACAUAACAUACUUAUCCAAAGAUGAAAAUGAUUACGUGCUAAUAAAACAUAGUUAACGCCAUUAUUUUUACAAAAAAAAAAAAAAAAAAACAUAGUUGAAAAUCCGAAUGGUGAUAGGCUACCUAAAAUUUUUAGGAAAAAAUCAGACACCGACUACCGGACCCCCAAAAAAAGUUAUCUUUCAUUUUUCUUAAAGAUAAUUUUCAAGGGCUAACUGUAAGAGCGAUUUCAACGAUUUUUGGAUAAAUUUUCAUAAACAUCGAGGGAGUGAUUUCCAGAAGUGCAUACCUAAUUAGUAAUAAUUACAGAUGAUAAUGUUCGCCAUCUGGUUAAGCUCGAAAAACUUAGGUAGGUACGUGAGCAAAACCUUUGAAAAAAAAUUACAAAAUUGCAUCGAAUAUCAACACUAACAUAUACUUAAGUACCCACUUAACAAAAAAAAUAACGUUGGAGCAACAUAAAAGAAUAUUAAAAAUUGAGUAGACAGGCAAAUGAAAUACAAAACAAUAAUAAACGAAAUUCACUGCGAAAAAAAAAUAAAUAAAAAAUGACGAACUAACAAGAAGUACCUAUAGGUGUAGGUACUUAGACUUACUAGAAAUGAGUAAAAAAAAACAUGGCAAAUUCACUAAAAAAAAUAGAUCGCAAACAUUUCAACAUGAUGAAUCAUAAUAUGUACUAAGAGAUGAUUUUUUUUUACACACAGUGAACUAGAAAAAUAAUUCUUAUUCAUAGCUGGUUAUGGGAGACAAAUUACAUCAUUCGAGGGUCAAACAAACAAUUAAACUUGAAAAGUAAUUCUAGAAAGAAAUACUUACAUGAAGGCGAGGACAACCUUCAUCCUUCCAUCACAGUUUUAACAACAAAAAAUCCUCGAUGUACCUAUCUGAAGGUAUGACGAAUGACGAUAUUUAAAAAAAAAAUUCAGUCAUGUACCCUCCUUAAAAUUUGUGUUGUCGAUUUUUCGAAUUUUUCACCUCCUCAUUCCUCUC